UAUCUGUACGGACAUCUAAGGCAAUUUGGCGAGAUUGAUAGAUUUGCCAGGUUGUCCAAUGUUUAGCGUAACUGUACCAGUUAUUCCAACAAUUAGUUUAUUGGUUUCUGUCUAGCCAACAUGACGGGAUUACACUUAUAAUACAAACAAUUAGGGUUGGUGAGUAGUUUUUACACAAGGAACUCAGGACUAUUGAAUGGUCCUGCUAAGAGGACAUCAGGACAUCCUGUAGGAUCAGUGUAGGACCUGUGUGAACAACUAUGACGGUGGGAGCUGGUGGUGAGGCUGACGAGCGAGUUCCCUACUUCUGCUCUAAGAGAUGGAACCUGGCCUACGUUGGGACGCUGGGAUUUUUCUUCGUCUACUCGCUCCGUGUGAACCUGAGUGUGGCCAUCGUCUGCAUGGUCAAAGACAACAACAGCAGCGCCACAUACGUCACAAACACGUGCUUCAACGAGACUGCACCUGACGACACGCAUGACCAAGGCGAGUUUGACUGGAACAAGUCCAUCACCUCACUGAUGCUCUCCUCCUUCUUCUACGGCUACAUCGUCACUCAGAUCCCGGGGGGGUGGCUGGCGGGCAGGUUCGGAGGCAAGAGGGUGCUCGGCACGGGGCUCGGCUUAGCGGCACUCUUCACCCUGCUCGUACCAGUGGCGGCAAGGUGGGACUAUCGCGGCGUCAUUGCACUGCGGGUCCUAACGGGCCUCGCACAGGGCGCUUCUUUUCCCAGCAUGCAUACGUUAAUGGGACGUUGGGCGCCCCCUCUGGAGAGGACUAAAUUGACAUCGUUUACCUAUGCAGGUCAACAUGUCGGCAACAUUGUGACGUACAUCCUGUCCGGCUGGUUGUGUGUGGACGGCUUCGAUGGCGGUUGGCCCUCCAUAUUUUACGUCACUGGUGGCGGCUGUCUGGUGUGGGUGUUGCUGUGGUUUCUUGUGGUGGCCGACUCACCAGAGACCCACCCCACCAUCUCUAAGGCAGAGAAGGAUUUUAUAGUGCGGACCCGAGGGAGGGCUGAAGCACAGAAGGAGUUCAAUGUCCCCUGGCUAUCGAUGGCCAAGUCCAAGGGCCUGUACGUGUGUCUGACAGCUCAUGUGUGCAACAACUGGACACACUACACACUGCUCACCAGCCUGCCCACGUUUAUGAAGGAGGUUCUCAAAUUUGACAUCACACAGAACGGCUUGUUGUCGUCUACCCCAUACAUGGCGAUGUUCUUUACUUCCCUGGCGUCCGGGCAAGUGGCAGACUUUCUGCGGUCAAAGUACCUGAGUACAACGGCUACACGGCGCUUGUUUCAGUCUGUAGCGUUUCUCGGCGCGGGUUCCUGUAUUGUGGGGGUUGGGUUUAUCGGCUGUGAGGACAGGAACUAUGCUGUAGCCCUGCUGGCCAUUGCUGUGGGGUUUUCGGGGUUCUGCUUCUCUGGCUACAUGGUGAACCAAGUGGACUUUGCACCCAGGUACGCGGGGGUGCUGUAUGGCAUCACAAACAUGGUGGCCACCGUCCCUGGCAUUGUGGCGCCCAUGGUGGUUGGGGCGCUUACCCCUAAUAAAAGCCAGGAGGAAUGGAGGAAUGUCUUCUACAUCUGCGGGGGACUGUGUCUGUUGGGGACCCUGGUCUUUGGCGCUUUCGCAGUGGGGGAGGAGGAGGAGUGGGCCAAGCUGGCACCAGACACAGUCGUGGAGGUUCCUGGGCCUGAUAAGUUGGCCAGGUCAGACAAACAGGCCAGUCUCAGCUCAGACAAACAGGCAAGUGAUGGGGAAAAUGGAGGAGUGACAAAUUCUGUGAAGUAUUCAAGUGUGAAGGACGGCCAUGAGGAUUAAUCUCACUACACUGCUGGAUCUCAGCUUAUGUACAUAUGGUGCUUCUGUCAUGCUGUAUGCUGUAGACAUACAUAUCGUAUACCAUGCUGUAUGCUAUAGACAUACAUUUUGUAUGUCAUGCUGCAUGCCAAAAACAUACCUUGUUAUGCUCUAUGAUAUAAGCACACUGACAUUCCAACAUGUAUUACGUUGUUGAAUAUGUCAAGAAUGAAAAGAAACUGUAUAUUACAUGUACAUGUGUUUAAUCAUUAAAAUUAAUAUUUUUAAACC